AUGAGAAAAAGAAAAAAUACAAGAAGAAAAAAAGAGAGUAAUAUAUAUGGUUUAGAUGAUGAAUCUGAUGAAAGUAAAAUCAAUGAAAGUGACGUUGAAAAAGAAGAUAAAGAGGAAGAAGAACAGGAAGAAAAUGAGGAAGAAGAUGAGGAUGAAGAAGAAGUAGAAGAAGAUGAAGAUGAUGAAGAUGAAGAAGAUGAAGAAGAAAAUGAGGGAGAUGAUGAGGAAAAGGAGGAAGAACAAGAAGAAAAUGAAGAAGAUGAAGAAGAUGAAGAAGAUGAUGAAGAAGAAGAUGAAGAUUACGAAUUAAAAAAUUAUGGGAUAGCUCUUGAGAUGCCAAAAAGAAAGAAUAGAGGAAAAAAUAUGAAAAAAUUAAUCGGUGAAGAUUUAGAAAAAGAUGAAAUUUUUUGGAAUGAUAGUAUGUGGGAUGAAGAAGAAAUUGAUGAAGAAUAUGUAAACUCAGAAGGAGAAGAAGAAUAUAAAGAUGUAACAGAUUCUGAUUUUGAUGAUGAUGAAGAAGAAGAAGAAGAAGAUGAAGAUGAAGAUGAAAAUAAAAAUGACAAUGAAUAUGAUGAAGAGAAAAAAAAAAAAAAAAAAAUGUAUUCUUAUUUAGAAAAUUUAAAAAAACAAAAAAAAAAUAAUAUAUUAAAAUAUAACUAUAUGAAAAAAAGAAAGUAUGAUUUAACAGAAAAUAAAAAUAAUGAUACACUAGAAAAACGUGAUGAGGAAGUGAAAUCGGAAGAGAUAAAAAAAGAUAAAAAUUUGUAUGAUGACAAGAUAUUAAAAAAAAAAAAAAAGUUGGAAAAUAUGUAUCUAAUGUUAAAUAGAUCUACAAGAGAUACUACUAGGCAAAAAACCGAACAAAUGCAAAAACUUUCUGAAUUGAGAAGAAUAAAAAAAGAAAAUCGUUUUAAAAAAUUUUAUGAAAGUAGAAAAAGAAAAAAAUGUAUGCAAAGAGAGAUGACAAGAGAGGAAAGGUUAGAAGAAGCAAAAUUAACUGAACAGUAUAAUUUGCAAUCACUACUACAACUACAAGCAUGGGAAGAGGAAAAAAAAAAAUAUGUUGAAAAUAAGAAAAUUAUAUAUUAUAAACCUAAAAGUAUUUUUAUUAGUUUUUCCUAUUCUAAAAAUAAAACUAAUCCAUUAAAUGAAAAUCUGAAAUAUAGCUUAGAUCCUUGUUAUCCUAAUAAAGGAGAAGAAAAUAUAUAUAAUUUAAAAGAAAAUAAUAUAUCAGAUAAUACUAAUAUAAUAAAAAAUGAUGUAAAAAACAGUUAUGAUAUAAAUAAAACGAAUGAAAAUAUAGGAAUGAAUGAUUUUUCAGAUUCAUUUAUUCAAGUUAAGGAUAAUUUUGAUAAAGAACAAACGAACGAAUCAAAUAUACAAUCUUCUAAAUUAGAAGAAUCAAAUGAAAAAAGAGAUAAUGAAAAUGAUAAGGAAAUAAUAGAAAAUGAAAAAAAAAAAUUAGAAAUGGAAAUUUGUAAUGAGAAGGAUAAGGUAAAAAAUGAAGAUUUGAAUGAUAACAAGAAAUUAACUAUUGAAAAUUUAGAUAAUUGUGAAGAUUUAAAUAUAGAAUAUUUAAAUGAAAAUGAUGAAUUAAAUUUUGAAAUUUUAAAUAAUAAUAAAAUAUCUACUAAUAAAAACGCUCCUUUGUUAUUAAAAGAAAAAGAGAAUAAUAUUCCUAUAGAAGAAAAACAGCUUUACAUUGUUACAGAUCCUAAUGAUUUAAAAAUAUACAGUAAUUACAAUAAUAAUAAGGAAAUAUUGGAAAAAAUAAAAAAUAAAAAUAAAAUUUGUGCCAUAACAAAUUUAGAAGGAAAAUAUUUUGAUCCUUUAACAAAAAAAUAUUAUAAUAACGUAGAAGCAUUCAAAGUUUUAAGAUUUUUACAUCAUAAAAAAGUUUAUGAUGAAGUUAAUAAUCAAAUUUAUCUUAUUGUUAAUCUUUUUAAAAGUAAAUUAGACGAAAUAGAGGAAAAUUCUAAAAAUAAUGAUUUUGAUAAUACUUAA